AUGUCCGGCUCCAGCUCGAAGGCCAAUGGCAUCGCCCCGUCAAUCGGCGUCAAGAAUCUCAAUUACAAAUUCCCCGACGGCAGCAGCGGCUUGCGGGAUGUCAUCCUCGAUCUCCCGCCGGGAAGCCGCACGCUGUUGAUCGGAGCAAAUGGCGCCGGCAAGACGACCCUCCUCCGCCUCCUCUCAGGCAAGCGCAUGGCGCCGGCCAACACGGUCUCGAUCGCCGGGGUGGACCCGUUCUCGCAUGGCCUCGAGGGCGUGACAUACCUGGGGCUGGAGUGGGUGCUGAACCCGAUCGUGCGGACCGACAUCGACGUGCCGACGCUGCUGUCGUCGGUGGGCGGCGACGUGUACCACGAGCGGCGCGACGAGCUGGUGCGCAUCCUCGACAUCGACCUGCGCUGGCGCAUGCACGCCGUCAGCGACGGCGAGCGCCGCCGCGUGCAGCUGGCCAUGGGCCUGCUGCGGCCCUGGAGCAUCCUGCUGCUCGACGAAAUCACCGUCGACCUCGACCUGCUGUCGCGCAGCAACUUCCUGCAGUUCCUCAAGCGCGAGACCGAGACGCGCCCCUGCACCAUCGUCUACGCCACCCACAUCCUCGACAACCUGGCCGACUGGCCGUCGCACCUCGUGCACAUGAGUCUGGGCAGGGUCAAGAAGUGGGGCAGCAUUGAGGAAUACUAUGUCACGCAACCGGGAGCCCCGCACUCAGGCAACAGCCAGCUCGGCGAGAUUGUGCUGAAGUGGCUGCAGGAGGAUCUCGACGAGAGGGGCCCACGCAAUGGCCAGGCCUCCGAAGGGAAGACGUACCCGUCUCUUGAGGGCAAGGGCGGCUACGGCCUGGAGAAGAAGGCUUGA